CGCACAGAUUCUCGUUCGGAGGAAGCAGCGGAUGGUGAUCUCGUCAUUCUGAGGUCGUCUCGUGCACCGGUGUGAUGGCGACCGCGCGUGCUCCGUUAUCUCCGUUAUUCGCCGCAUCUGUCCGCCGUUACUGAUUAUAUAAAAACAUUACAACAGAAACAAGAGACAUGGGGUCGCUUCUCCUCCACUGCUUCACUGUUCUGAUGUUUUUCAGCACCGGGAGUUCUGCUUUACCGAACCGGACCAGCAGCGUCCGUGAUGUGCAAUACGAAACCACCGACAGUAAUAAAAUUAAAAGGUUAAUUAAUAGAGAUUCUCUGGCAAUCAGCGAUUCAAACACUAAGUCCAUACCAAAGCUACAGGAGAACAGUGCUGUGAGACGAUGGCCUGUUUUGGGCCCCGGGCGGGAAAUCGUGCCCCUGUGCGCCUAUCGAACUCUGGACACUGGUGACCCCGGGCGACUGUGUUUCAGAUACAACCAGCCUCACUUCAGGUGCCCUGUCGCUUCCUGUCGGCAGGUGAGGUCACCCGAUGGGCAACUCAAGGCAAAUAUUCUGUCCAACGGAAGUGUGUUUAUUCAGUGGACAGUAUCAGAGACAAUCGGGCAACCUGGAGCGGGGCCCACGCCCCAACAGGCCCCACAGGGCCCAACCGCCCCACCAAAGAGCACCUCAGCGGGCGGCUUCAGGCUCAGCUGCUGGUGGAACGGCAGCUACACGCAGUUUGAAUGUGCUGAGGUGCAUUUAGGCAGCAGCUGCAGGGAUUAUUUACUCAACGAGCUGCACACCGACGUCCCCUACCGCCUGUGCAUGCGGCCCUACGCCCUCGAGCACGCCGAAGCCUGCGUUGAGUUCAGCCUCACGCCUGGCGAGAUGCAAGACAUUGUUAUUGCCAUGACAACAGUAGGAGGAGCCAUCUGCGUGAUGCUGGUCAUCAUUUGUCUGCUGGUCGCAUACAUCACCGAGAACAUUAUGAGUCCGACAACGCAACACACGCUCACUGCGCAACACUUACACACACACCUGUGAAAUCACAUUUACACACUGUUAUUGUGCAGUAUCUCUCCACACACUCACACAUACACACACACACACACACACACACACACACACACACACACACACACACACUCACUCAUGUUGGUUUUGCUAUACUUGUGAGGACCCUCCAUAGACAUAAUGAUUUUUAUACUGUACAAACUAUAGAUUCUAUCCCCUAACCCUACCCCUAAACCUAACCCUCACUAAAAACAUUCUGCAUUUUUACAUUUCAAUAAAACAUUGUUUAGUAUGUUAUUUCCCUUGUGAGGACCACCCAAAAGAUCCUCACAACCAGAAAUGUCCUCACAGAACAGGUUGAUUCUCAAUACUUGGUCCUCACAAGUAUAGCAAAACCUGUACACACACACACACACAAGCACACACACACACACACACACACACACACACACACGCACUCUCUCUCACACACACACACACAACAUACGUUCAGAAUGGAAAACUUGCUUACUGUUUACUGCAUAUUUUACAAAUGUACUGUGUUAUCUGUGUAUUUUAUGCAUACUGUGCACAGUAUAUGCUAUAUGUUGCAGCAAUGCUAAGAAUAGGUUUGUAGUACACAGUUCUGAACACACACAUACUACGAGUUUCUUCAUACGGUUAAGCGCAUUUCAUCUUUAGUCUCGUUUAAUAAUCCCAUUUACCAAAAAGCUGUGCAUUCAUUUAUAUUUACACUGAUAGUAAUAUGAAUUAUUGUUCAAGAGAGUUAAAAGAUAACUAAAUAUAAAUAAUUUGUGUUGGUUAUUUGUGGUGUUUUCAGGCAGGGUCGGUACUAAGAUCUUUGGCGGACAUGUUUUCAGGUGAUAUAUAACUGCAGUAAGCAGGCAAAGUUCUACUUUUAUUGAGGAAAUCUGUAGUUUUGUACUCUAAUGUUUUCUGUGUUAAACCCAAUAAUUUACAGUAUGCCUUAUCCUUACACAACUCUUUUAAUUCUGAGUUAGUAAUAUUCACCAAACUGAGGACACAUUGACUGGCUGAACAGUCAUUUGAAUACUGUGCUUUUUUCUCUCUGUAACACAAACCUUUAUGAGUCAAUAAAGAGAUUCAUUUGAUAAUAUAUUUAUUGAUUCUUAUUUUGUCACUGUUGUUUAUUUCCUUGAUUAAGCAAACUGACAUGCACAAAACUGUCCCAGAUAGCACAUGUACACCUCUGAGAUGUCUCUUUAAAAGUCCUUGUUUACUGUAAAUUCUCCUCCUUGUCCAGUUGGUGGCAGUAUACACAAACAAUGCGAAACGCCAAAAACCAAAGAAGAAAGUGAAAGUGGAGAUUUAUAGUAAAAAAGGGCUUAAAUAUUGAUCUGUUUCUCAACAACACCUAUCGCUUCAGAAGACAUGGAUUAAACCACUUGAGUUGUAUGGAUUACUUUUAUGCUGACUUAUGUGAUUUUGUAAACUUUAAGGUUUUGGACUCUGUUGACUUGUAUGGACCUAAAGAGCUGAAAUAUUCUAAAACAUUUUGUGUUCAGCAGAAGAAUGAAAGUCAUACACUUCUGGGAUGGCAUGAGGGUGAGUAAAUGAUGAGAAAUUUUACAUUGUUGA